CACUUCGCCAACUCAUCUUCAAUUGAUCGUUACCGUCUGAAGUUAGUCUUCCAUCCUUACAAUGGCUAAUCGACUGGUUUUCAUUAUCGCUGCCGUUGCUGUUUUUACCCUGUGUUGUAACGCUGCUCAUUUAACACACGAACAACACAAGGAGCAUGCCAAGGAAGCUAUGGAACGCCACUGGAACAACACUGUUACUAAAUGGGUAGCAGUCGGUUCUAAACUGGCCGACAAGGUAGAGGAUGCCCUGAACAGGACGGCCGUCAGAGUGAUGGACACUGCCCAAAAGAUUGGUGGCAUCAAGGAAGGUUUAGUAACGAAUGUGGCUGCUGUUAUUGCUCAAGGUUCCAACAUGUGGAGUGAGCUGAGGAACAAAUCUUCUGAAAAAAUGGCUCGCACUCAGACUAAAAUGGAUGCUGCCAAGCAGAAGAUGCACGAUAAACUGGCGGCUGGCGCUGAAAAUUUGGUAGAAAAGGGCAACAAGUUGGUCAAUUUCACUGUAGGUGUCGUUGGUAAGGUCGUCAGUAAACUCGUCGAGAAAUUCCAGCAAGCCAGGUCGAAGUUCCAGGAACACAAGGCCGAACACAAUGCUAGGAUUAGUGUUGUUCCAUUGAAUUCAAAGAUGUCCACAUUAUCUGCUCGGAUCAUCACUUCUGCCAAGUCAGUAACUCCAGUUGCUGAGGUUUCAGUAAAAGAAGAGAGCACAACUAAAUCUUCAUCACCCCAGCCGACAUACUCGUAUUAAAUUGACACGAUUAUCACUUUGUACAUGAUUUUGUUCAUAACCCAGUUUGACUGUAACGCCCUUUUUUUUUAAAUGUGAAUAUUACAUUGACUAGUAUUUUAA